GAGGGUCUAUUGAAUAAGCGUCAUCAAUAAGCAAUUUCUCAGCAUGUUUUCUAAUUGUGAUAGCUUACCAUAUUGUCCUCGUCUGAUUGAUUACUUGGUGUUCGUAGGCCGUGAAGGACAUUCUCAUUCUGAAGAGGUUUACAAUCAGAUACCAAGCAUUUUGAAAUGUUAUCCAUUGUUAAAACAUAAGGACUUUGUUUUGCCUAAUGAUGUCGUGUACUUCUGCCAGCCUGAAGGAUGCAUGUCGUCAAAUUUGAGUUCGACAAAUAUGGGAACUACAACAUUUGUGUUUACUUUGACGGAUAAAGACUCACAGAAAACUCGUUUCGGGAUAUGCUUGAACUUCUUUCGACAAUGUAGUGUAUUUGAUUCGGUAUGUUCAAACGAAGAUCCAAAAAGUAAAUGGGAUUCAAAUUCAACGGUCGUUGAUGCACCUAAAGACCAAAUACUGAGGAAUGACAAUAAGCAGUCAAUAUUAACAUCCUUAUGUUUGAUCAGUCACCAUCCUUUCUUCUCUAAAUUUCGUCAAUGUUUGCACUCCCUGAAAGAAAUCAUCGAUAUAUGUGAUGAAUAUUUCAAAAAAUUAUACUCUGCCAAAAGUCAGUCUUAUUCUUUCUGGUCAACUAUACUGAGUAGACAGCCAGUUGAACAAAUAAAUGUUGAUCAUUUAUUAAUUCAAGUUGUCUAUGAAAUAGAAUCUUGGAUUAUUAAUCUUUUGAAUGCACCUGUACCUAUUCCGGGGAAAACAUGCCUACACCUCACUGUUGGACCAGAAUCAUUUUAUGAAAAGUUGAUAUUUGCUUUACCAGAUAAAACACGUUUAACGUUGAUUGAUUUCCCGUUGCAUUUACCAUUGGAGCUGUUAGGUAUGGAGACAUGUUUGAAAGUGUUAAGUGCUAUUAUGCUAGAACAAAAGGUUGUAUUACAAUCUAGAGAUUAUAAUGCUUUAACAAUGUCAGUGAUGGCAUUAACAGCUAUGCUCUAUCCACUUCAAUAUAUGUUCCCUGCUAUACCUUUAUUGCCAAAUAGUUUAAAAGGAGGAGAAAAUUUAUUACUUUCUCCAACACCAUUUUUAAUUGGUAUCCCAGCUACAUUUUUAAGUCAAAAGACAGAUUUUCGUUUCCCCGCCGAUGUGUGGUUAGUUGAUUUGGACGCGAAUAAAAUGAUGGGUAGUUCACUUCUAGAACCAAUCCCAUUACUUCCGGAGAAAGAAAGCAAAACAUUAUGUGAAAAUUUGGAUCAAGCUUUAUCAAGUAUGACUGCAAAUUUAACAUCUAGUGAAUCUACGGAAAUCAAUCUAAAAAAUUCUGCCAAUCAAUUAAGGAAUGCAGAUUCAGCUGAUGUUGCCACUCGAGUUGCAAUGGUACGAUUUUUCAAUUCCCUAAACGUACUAGGCAAUAUUACUGAGCAUACUAGAACUAUUCGUUUAUUCCCUAGGCCAGUGGUUGCAUUUCAAAAAUUCUCAUUCUUAAAAUCACGUCAGGUACUUACACCAUUUACUAGGAAAUUAGCUGACACACAAGCAGUUGAAUUCUUCGCUGAAUGGUGCUUAUAUCCUGAAAAUGAAGUAUUUCAACGAAUUCAUGCUGGAAUACAUGAUCCUGAACAAAUUGGUGAUAAAGGAAUAUGGUAUCAAGAUAAUUUAGCGCAAAUCAACUUUCAAAUUUGGUCUUCAGAGCAGACGAAUCGAUAUUUGGCUCUAAAUUUUAUUCAUUCAGUUAUUGCAAAUAGUAAUGAUAUAGAAAACUUUGAAAUGGUACACGAGAACUUUCCUAAAUUUAAUACUACCACUAAUAAUAAUAUCGUGUAUGAUUUAAUGAGUUUAUAUAAUCCACCUCAUAAUAUGGAUGAUUUAUUAAAAAAUGCCAUACAACCACAACAGUAUAUGCGUAAAAAUAAGCCUAAAAGACGGCCUAAUCAACAACAAUUACAACCGAUGGAUUCAUUCGAUCUUGCUAAUGCUCAAAUGCAAAAGACUAAUUCUACUGAAAAUAAUGAAAUUGAGUUGAAUAAAAAAAAAUUACCUGGUCAACUAUUGACCAUACCAUCAAUGGCUGAAUCUACCAGUGAUUCAUCUGAUGAUCAGGAUGAUUCAGAUAUUUGGGAUUUAAAAGACUCUGUCAGUCAGUCUAAUAUUAAAGAAAAUCCGAAUGAGGUUACACAUGAGGAUGAUAUGAUAAGGGAUAAAACGAAUAAUACAAAUCAUAUACAGAACAUUGAAAAUAAACUAAUAUUAACGAAUACUCCUAAUGUUCCUAUUCUACGCAAGCCUUCUUUACGUAAAGUUUCCACUACUCAACAAACUGAUUAUACUAAUACUGAAAUGAAUAAAAGAUCUGUUCAUUAUAAUGAAGAACAGUUAGUACAAGUAUUGAAUAAAGAUUCAAUAAGUUCUGGGGAUAAAAUUGAUCAAGAUGAGGAUGCAGAUGGAGAUGAAGAUGAAGAAGUAGCAGCAGAAGAGAAAGAAGAAAUGGAGGAUGACGAGGAUGAUACAGAACAAACAUCUGUAGGAAAAUAUUUAUUAAAUAAUUUAAGUGAUAAUCUAGCCGAUGCUGCUAGUCAUGCUAGCACAACUUUAUCAGGUUUACUGAAUAAACCCAAGACCAUUGUACGCAAAUCUGGUAGCUUAAUGAAGAAAAUGGCUACAGAAAUUACCAGUACUACAAAAACCACUGAUACUAUUGGUAAUAAAUCAAGUUCUAUAAACAAACACUUAGAUGUUAACAAUAACAAAUCUGAUGGGGACCUUAUUCAUUCAGCAUCAAAGUUUGUUUUAAAUUUUCCAAAACAACAAUUUUUCCAAUUCGGUGCCAAUAAAUCAAGACAGCAGGAAGCAGGGUUGCUUAAUAAAAAUAAAAAUGAUAAGUUAAGUUCCGGCAAAGGAGUCGAUUCUGAUUUUGUCAAUCCAGAACAAAGUUAUGCAGAUCAAGAAUUUCUUCGUGAAGUAGUCCGGUAUAUACACGAGGGUCAGGCAAAUGUUCAAAUGAAAUUUUCUGUCAAUCGUCUAAAAGAAUUACUACAUGAUGAAAAUUACCGAAAUUAUUUACUAUCAAAGUUAAAUCGUGGACUUUCUAAAUUAUUUGAUGAUCCAGAUGGUUGUAUCCCAGAUGUUCCAAUCAUUAAUAUAAAUGGAUAUAAAUCAUAUAUUUGGCUAUUACAAUGUGUAAUACAUGGUCUCGAACAAACAUGUACAAAUCAUGGGAUAGGUGGAUUAGCUAGUGCCAUGAUGUUAUUGGAAUUAUGUCAUACACAUUAUUUGAAUACAAGUACUGCAGUUUCACCUAGUAAACUUCAUGGAUCUCAAAAUUCAACAAGUCAAAAUUUACAAGAAGAGGAAAAUUUAGUCUCAGCCUUUACUGGAUGGUUAAGAACAACAACGAAAGAUUUAAAGAAAGUGACUAAACCAAACAUAGUAACAGGUUUAUUUAGUCGACCAAAUCCAUCGGAAAUUUUAAAUAAUAAUGAAAAUCAGUCAAUUGAUUCAACCAUUAAAAAGAUAGAUUUACAUCAAACGGAUAAUAACAAUUCAAAAAGUUCAUUAACAGUUGGGCAGAAUGAUUUAGAUGACAUAAAUAGAGGUACUAUCUUGGGAAAAAAGUCUCAACACGCUAGUUCUUAUCGUUUUAUUCAUGGUAAUUUAAUUGAUCCGUCUGCGCAAAAUCAAUUAACUACUACUUAUACUGGCAAUUAUAGUAGUAAAAGUGACAAUAGGAAAAUUAGUAUAUCAGAUCAUUCUUUGGAUCGUGUUUACUUAUAUGAAAAUUUAAUUGAUAGGCAUGAACGUUCACGUUUAUGGGAUCAUAUGCAAUUUUGGGAGGAUACAUUUUUUGAUACAGUUGCUCAGGAAAGAGAUAUUUUAGGUUUAGAUCAAGCACCAACGGAAAUGCUUGAACAGUUUGCUAAUAUGAAUACAACACAAAAACGUAUAGUCAUAUUAAAAGAAGAUCGUUUACUAGCGUUUUGUUUAUAUAAUCUAACAGCUUAUAUGAUAUUAAUGAAUGUUGAUAAGAGUAUAUUAGUAACUCACGUGCGUCGAUUGUUAGCAAGAUGUCGUAUUGGUUCAUAUUUUGCUGCUAUAACCAGUCAUCUGUUAGAUAAUGUUAAAUAUUUGGAUGGAAAUUCAAUUGAUUUGCUCCCUUCUAUGACUAGAUUAAAAGUAUUUCAAUCUUAUGAAAUUGAAUUACUAAAUAAUGUAUCCAAUGAAGCGAAAAUUUUAGAGAUUUAUGGCAAAUGUUUAACAGUUCGUAAUUUAUUAGGUGAAAUUAUCAAAAAAUUGAAUUAUGAUCAACUGAUUGAUUUGUCAUUUGAUGAUUCAAUCAUUUCUUUAAAGUUUAUUGAACAAGAAACAAACUGCGAUCAGUUUUCACUGUUACAAAUUCGUUGUGAUAAGGCUAAACAAAUAUGUCAUACAAUCGAAACAUUAAUUCAAAGAAGUGAUCUUGAAAAUUCUCAACAAUAACUGUUUCCAUAGCCGUAUUUUAGUCAAUCAUUUAUCAAGAAACUUCCAACUGUCGUUAAAACUAAUUUCUCUCACUCCAUUUCAAUACAUCAAACAAAUGUUGACAAAAAUCGCAUUGACAUCUCAGCGAAUAAAUAAACCAGGCGGCAGAGAUUAUUGAAACGACAAAGUUUCCUUCCUCACAUACGUAUCCAUAAUGUGUAACUAAUUACUCAUUAUUAUUAUUAUUAUUAUUAUUAUUAUUAUUAUUAUUAUUAUUAUUAUUAUUA